GCGAUAGCAAUCCCUGCCCUCUCCCCAGUGCUGGGCUGUUCCAGAGCACAAGCUGCAAGCCCCGGCGCGAGCGCGGCGCACUGGCUGGCGAACCCAAGAGCGCUAGGCGCCCCAGGCUGGCGGGCGCCCUGGGACCCCUCACCCUGUCUGGCUGCCCAUCCUCGGGCGCCCCCACCUUCCGUGCCUGCAGAAGUCCCUGGGCUUCCCCAAAGGAGCUCACCUCUAGGGGCCCGGACCUCCGGGAGCCCACCACCAUCCCCUCCGGUGCCGCCGCCGCCACCGCAGCAGUCUGAGCAGCAUGGUCCAGCUGGGGAAGCUGCUCCACGUCCUGACUUUGAUGAAGUUCCCCUGCUGCGUGCUGGAGGUGCUCCUGUGCGCGCUGGCGGCGGCGGCGCGCGGCCAGGAGAUGUACGCCCCGCACUCGAUCCGGAUUGAGGGGGACGUCACCCUUGGGGGGCUGUUCCCGGUGCACGCCAAGGGUCCCAGCGGAGUGCCCUGCGGCGACAUCAAGAGGGAGAACGGGAUCCACAGGCUGGAAGCUAUGCUUUAUGCCCUGGACCAGAUCAACAGCGAUCCCAACCUGCUGCCCAACGUGACGCUGGGCGCGCGGAUCCUGGACACUUGUUCCAGGGACACUUAUGCGCUCGAACAGUCGCUCACUUUCGUCCAGGCGCUCAUCCAGAAGGACACCUCCGACGUGCGCUGCACCAAUGGCGAGCCCCCCGUUUUCGUCAAGCCAGAGAAAGUAGUUGGAGUGAUUGGGGCUUCGGGGAGUUCGGUCUCCAUCAUGGUAGCCAACAUUCUGAGGCUUUUCCAGAUCCCUCAGAUUAGUUAUGCAUCCACAGCACCGGAGCUCAGUGACGACCGGCGGUAUGACUUCUUCUCCCGUGUGGUCCCACCUGAUUCCUUUCAAGCCCAGGCCAUGGUAGACAUCGUAAAGGCCCUUGGCUGGAACUAUGUGUCUACUCUCGCAUCUGAAGGAAGUUAUGGAGAAAAAGGUGUUGAAUCCUUCACACAGAUUUCAAAAGAGGCAGGUGGGCUCUGCAUUGCCCAGUCCGUGAGAAUACCCCAAGAGCGCAAAGACAGGACCAUUGACUUUGAUAGGAUUAUCAAACAGCUCCUGGACACCCCCAACUCCAGGGCCGUCGUGAUUUUUGCCAACGAUGAGGAUAUAAAGCAAAUUCUUGCAGCAGCCAAAAGAGCUGACCAAGUGGGACAUUUUCUUUGGGUGGGAUCAGACAGCUGGGGAUCCAAAAUAAACCCUCUACACCAGCAUGAAGAUAUUGCAGAAGGAGCCAUCACCAUCCAGCCCAAGCGAGCCACUGUAGAAGGAUUUGAUGCCUACUUCACAUCUCGCACCCUUGAAAACAACAGAAGAAAUGUGUGGUUUGCCGAGUACUGGGAGGAGAACUUCAACUGCAAGUUGACUAUUAGUGGGUCAAAAAAGGAAGACACAGAUCGCAAAUGCACAGGACAGGAGAGAAUUGGAAAAGAUUCCAACUAUGAGCAGGAGGGUAAAGUUCAGUUCGUGAUCGAUGCUGUAUACGCUAUGGCGCAUGCUCUUCACCACAUGAACAAGGAUCUCUGUGCUGAUUACCGGGGUGUGUGCCCAGAAAUGGAGCAAGCUGGGGGCAAGAAGUUGUUGAAGUAUAUCCGCAAUGUUAACUUCAAUGGUAGCGCUGGCACCCCUGUGAUGUUUAACAAGAAUGGGGAUGCCCCUGGGCGUUACGACAUCUUUCAGUACCAGACGACGAACACCACCAAUCCCGGUUAUCGUCUGAUUGGGCAAUGGACAGAUGAACUGCAGCUCAAUAUAGAGGACAUGCAAUGGGGUAGGGGUGUCCGGGAGAUCCCGCCCUCAGUGUGCACGCUGCCCUGUAAGCCUGGGCAGAGGAAGAAGACCCAGAAGGGAACACCCUGCUGCUGGACCUGUGAGCCUUGUGAUGGAUACCAGUACCAGUUUGAUGAGAUGACAUGCCAGCACUGCCCGUAUGACCAACGUCCCAAUGAAAAUCGAACUGGCUGCCAGAAUAUCCCCAUCAUCAAACUGGAGUGGCACUCCCCCUGGGCUGUCAUCCCUGUCUUCCUGGCGAUGUUGGGGAUCAUCGCCACCAUCUUUGUCAUGGCCACUUUUAUCCGCUACAAUGACACGCCCAUUGUACGGGCCUCUGGGCGGGAACUCAGCUAUGUUCUGUUGACAGGCAUCUUUCUUUGCUACAUCAUCACUUUCCUGAUGAUCGCCAAACCUGAUGUGGCAGUCUGUUCUUUCCGGCGUGUUUUCUUGGGCUUGGGGAUGUGCAUCAGUUAUGCAGCCCUUUUGACUAAAACCAAUCGGAUAUAUCGCAUCUUUGAGCAGGGUAAGAAGUCAGUGACAGCUCCCAGGCUCAUAAGCCCAACGUCACAGCUGGCAAUCACUUCCAGUUUGAUAUCUGUGCAACUUCUAGGUGUUUUCAUUUGGUUUGGGGUGGACCCACCCAAUAUCAUCAUAGACUAUGACGAACAUAAGACCAUGAACCCCGAGCAGGCCAGGGGCGUUCUCAAAUGUGACAUUACAGACCUCCAAAUCAUUUGCUCCUUGGGAUACAGCAUCCUCCUCAUGGUCACAUGUACUGUGUAUGCCAUCAAGACUCGGGGUGUGCCAGAAAAUUUUAACGAAGCCAAGCCCAUUGGAUUUACCAUGUACACGACUUGCAUAGUCUGGCUCGCCUUCAUUCCGAUUUUUUUCGGCACUGCACAAUCAGCGGAAAAGCUCUACAUACAAACUACCACGCUUACAAUCUCCAUGAACCUAAGUGCGUCCGUGGCGCUGGGAAUGCUAUACAUGCCGAAAGUGUACAUCAUCAUUUUCCACCCUGAACUCAAUGUCCAGAAACGGAAGCGAAGCUUCAAGGCGGUAGUCACAGCAGCCACCAUGUCAUCUCGGCUGUCACACAAACCCAGUGACAGACCCAACGGUGAGGCAAAGACAGAACUCUGUGAAAACGUAGACCCAAACAACUGUAUCCCACCAGUAAGAAAGAGUGUACAAAAGUCUGUCACUUGGUACACUAUUCCACCAACAGUAUAGCUUUUGACUGCUUUCCAAAAGGCCCUGCUGCAAAAAAGAAGUAUGUCAGUUAUAAUAACCUGGUUAUCUAACUUGUUCCAUCCUUUGGAACCAUGGAGGAAGAAGAGGCCCUCAGUUAUUCUGUCACCCAACCUGGCAUAGGACUCUUUUGGUCCUGCCCGCUUCCAUCACCAGAGGAGCUUCCCCGGCCAGGAGACCAAUGUUAGAGGAUCCAGUGUCCUAAACAGCUGCUUUCUGAAAUACCCUUACUUUAUCUUGGCUUAAUAAGUCACUGGCAUUAGCACUGCCAACUCGGCUUGAAUUGUGGACCUUCCCUACCAGAGGGAGAGUUGAGACUCAAGUCCCACCCUGGCUCUUUAGGAUGCAAUGGAGAGCCACAGGACCGACUUGGGGGCUGACUGGUCUUUCUACGUAUGCACUUCCGGGCUGCAAGGUUUUGAAAUUUUUCUGUACAGUUUGUGAGAACUUUUGCACUUUGCCAUCUGAUGUCGUACCUCGGUUCAUUGUUUGUUUCCGAAUGCCCUGUUUCAUAGAGCCCUGCCCUCUCAGAUGGUGGAAUGUUUGGGAAAUUUUUUAAAAUGAUUAAAAUUUUAAAAAGAUCUCGGCAGACAAAGACACACAUACAUCUGUACGUGACUAUAUGGUUAUGAUUAUAGUACCACUGCAAAUCACGUUAUUUUUUUUAAGACAAAAAAGAUAUUUAAAGACCAAAAACUGUGCUGAGAAAGUAAAUCCCACCUAUCUGUGGUACAUGAUAGGUGACAUGAAAAGAAAGCAUUGGCUCAAUGGCAUAAGGUCUUGGUCCUUGGAAUGCAUGCCAGUAAUGUAUUUUACAGUACAUGUUAAUAAUUUAUGUUUGAUAUUUGUAUUUCUGUUCUCUUUUGUUAUUUUAAUUAAGGUAUAUGGAUAUUUUGCAAUAAUUUUAAUAAUUAUGCGAUUUGAAGGAAAGAAAUAUGGAUUUUUCAUGUCUUGAGGUUUUGUUCAUGCCCCAUUAUGACUGACCAGUGUGAUAAGGACUUAAAAAAAAAAAGCAUGUAUGUUUUCUACUGUUUGUAAUAAGUACUUUCGUUAAUCUUGCUGCUUAUGUGCCAAUUUAGUGGAAAAAAAGAAAAAAGAAAAAAAAAAAAAACCCUUGCUGGAAAAUUCCCUCUUUCCAUUCUCUUUCAAUUCCGUGGUAUUGUCUAAGAAUGUAUCAAUAAAAUACUUUGGUUAACUUUUUUAUUUUCU